AUGCUUUCAAAUUUAGUAGAAAGGGCAGUAGAAGUGAAAGGUCCAAUUUGGCGAAGGCACAUAAAACUUUGUUAUUUAUGUUCUCAAGAUUUCUUGUGUUCUGCAACUCAAAUCAAGCAAAGUAAAUUGACUAAUCAAACACUUUUUAUUCCAAAUGACUCAUUUGUAAGAAAAAAGUCGGAAGUUUUGAAAGAAAAUACUAAAAUUUUAUGCAUGCUCAUGAAUUUCGAAAUUGCCACAAAACCAAAUCUAUUGUGA